AUGACGGGCAGGACCGCCGCCACCCCCACGCUGAGCAUGAAGCUCCUCGUGGACACCAAGGCGCGCCGCGUGCUCUUCGCGGAGGCCGGCAAGGACGUGGUGGACUUCCUCUUCUCCCUCCUCGCGCUGCCCAUCGGCACGGCCGUCAAGCUGAUCGGCGCCAAGUCCAUGGUGGGGAGCGCCGGCGACCUCUACCGCAGCGUGGAGAAGCUUGACGGAACCUACGUCCAGCCCGGCGCGGCCAAGGACGCGAUCCUCCGCCCCGUCAUGGCCCGCUCGCCGGCCAACAGCGCCCUCCUCGGCCUGCCGACUCCCUCCAACAGAUUCUUCAGGUGUUCCUCCUUCAGCGGUUGCCGCGACUACGUGACGGACGUGAGCGGCACCAAGUGCCCCAGAUGUUCCUGUGCGAUGACGAUCCAAAUCCAGUACGCGCCGCCUGCCGGUGCCAUUGCGCAGAACGCGGCCACCGCGGUGGCGGCAGCAGAUGGGUUCGUGCGGGGCGUCGUGACGUACACGGUGAUGGACAGCCUCGCGGUGUCGCCCAUGUCCGCCAUCUCCAGCAUUGCGCUGCUCAACACCUUCGCGGUCAGGGAUCUCACCGCGCUCCAGGAGAAGAUCGUGCACAUCGGAUACAAGGAGGGUUUGGAGAUAUUGAAGGCCUCGCUGCAGUCCAAGACUGUUCUCACCGACGUCUUCCUUGGAAAGAAGUCCCCAAGCCACGACUGAGAUCCGGCGUGAACGGUUUGAUUGAGAUACGAACGUGAACAAACUAUAGCAGAUAGUUGGAUCAAUCCAUUAUCCAUCUACAUAUCCAUUUCAACCAGGCCCAUCUUAAAAAAAAAAUUGAUGCAUUGCAAGUCCGUGCCACCCAUGCUUGAGCUGUACGAUGCAUGCCACAGACGAUACAAGCAUCGAUUAGGGUUUUUUGCCGCUUUGUGCGAGGUUCAAGUGCCCGACAAUUAUUUCUAUAUCUUUUCAAUGUGUACCCGUCCUUUUGCUGU